AGGCGGCGCAGGGGCCGUGGUCAGCCUGCGUCUCUGCGUUCGCUCCGCCGUGCCCUCGGCCCUUGCAGGCCUCCCCGGAGCGGGAGUGGAGCCGGCGCCGGCGUCGCGGGGCCGGGGCGGAGGGCCUGCCGCGGGAGCUCGGCGCGGCGCUGGGGCGCGGGCGGCCGGGCGGCGGCGCGAUGGCUGCGGGCGGCGGGGCGGCGGCGGGCCGAGCCUACUCGUUCAAGGUGGUGCUGCUGGGCGAGGGCUGCGUGGGGAAGACGUCGCUGGUGCUGCGCUACUGCGAGAACAAGUUCAACGACAAGCACAUCACCACGCUGCAGGCAUCAUUCUUAACAAAGAAGUUAAAUAUUGGUGGCAAAAGAGUAAACCUUGCUAUAUGGGAUACAGCAGGUCAAGAGAGAUUCCAUGCAUUGGGUCCAAUUUACUACAGAGAUUCAAAUGGAGCUAUUUUAGUUUAUGAUAUAACAGAUGAAGACUCUUUUCAGAAGGUGAAAAACUGGGUCAAAGAAUUACGGAAAAUGUUGGGAAAUGAAAUCUGUUUAUGUAUAGUUGGUAAUAAAAUAGAUUUGGAAAAGGAGAGACAUGUUUCCAUCCAAGAAGCAGAAUCGUAUGCAGAUUCUGUGGGAGCAAAACAUUAUCAUACUUCAGCCAAACAGAACAAAGGAAUUGAGGAACUCUUUCUUGACCUUUGUAAAAGGAUGAUAGAAACAGCACAAGUGGAUGAAAGGGCAAAAGGCAACGGCUCCAGUCAGCCAGGAGCUGCAAGGCGAGGGGUGCAGAUCAUCGACGACGAGCCCCCAGCCCAGAGCGGUGGUGGCGGGUGCUGUUCUUCUGGAUAACUGUCCACACCUAAGAAACUUAGAACAAACAAACUGUGGAUCAUUGCCUCAACAUGAAGACUGCCAUAUUCCAAGUCACGUUAUUUUACCAGUGAAAUUGUAGAAUUAACAGUAUUUUAAAUUACGUUUAUAACACUGCAGAGACCUUAAGUGCUAAACUUAGUGGAGUUUGUGACCAGAGAAUUGGCAUUUUCUACAAAUGUUAACAAAGCAAUUACCAAUGGCCUUUUUACAUAUUUUUUUCUUUAAUAAGGAAUAAUGUGCAUGUAGAAAAGACCUACUUAAAGCCUUCAUUUAUAUUCUUUUAAAUCACAUCUUUAUUUAAUAACUUAUAUAUGUUGUCGGAAUGGUAUACAUUUUUGCGCCCCUUUGUAUUUUGUGGUGGUUUGAACUGUAUCACUUCUAAAUGGCAAACUGUUUUUGUUUUUGUUUUUUUAAUUAGCAGAUACCUGAAGUACUAUUUUUGCAGGGUUUGCACAGGCCCCUAACUGUCUACUACUUUGAUAUAAUCUGUAUACAUCUGUAUGCUGAGCUGGUAAAAUACAUUGUAAAUUACGUAUUAAAUAUUUUAUCUGCUUUUACAAACGCAAGGUGCAAACAUAUAUACAAUAGUCUCAUUGAUGACUGUAAAGUGAAUUAACAUUUGGCGAUAAUGCCUAAGCUUUUUGACUGAUAUAAAGAUCAUAGCUCUCCCUCACUGCUUUUGUCUUAACCUGAAAGUGGUAUGUUUAAGUUUUCUCGUAUACUUUACUUGAAUUAUUGCUGUUACAUUUUUUCAUUUUUUGCCUCUAGAAGUCCAUCUGAUGAUUGAACAAUAGCAUUUGCCUUUUGGUUUGUGAGUUAUUUUUGUUUUUGUUUUUUGUUUGGAUAAAAGAGGCAACUUCUGCCAAUUUUGCUUAGAAUGAUUAAGUUAGAAAUGUUUGAGUGGAGCAUGCUGAGUUUCACUUCUGCAAUGGCUUUAGUUUUUUCUUAGGCUUUAUUUAUGUGAGAUGGGCUCACUAGUGUGAGAAGAGAGGAAGAGGUCCCAGCGAGUAGCCACUGACGAAGACUCGUUUAUAGGGCAUGUUAGUGGUAGUUUAUGCUCCUGAAGCAGCACUUGUAGAUCCUUUGUGGGCAAGUUGUAUUUGUUCAUUGCUUGCCAGAGAUGAACACAGAAAAUUUUGUUUCAUUUUAUAAGACCUAUCCUUCUGAGUUUGUGUGAAGGGAAACAUUUCAUGUAAUGCAGUGAUAGUGAACACUGGAAAGAUUUAUUAUAAAAUUAUAUUCUUGUAUACUUUGUAAAUUAGUCUCUCCUUAGGUUUUUUUUUUCUUAAGCAUAAGACUGAGCUUAAAUUUGUUAAUUUUAAUAGAAUCAGGCACUGCUCACAGAAGGAACACAAAUUGUGGAAAUUAAGUUGUUAUAUAUAUUUUUCCAUUUCUGUCAUGCUUGGAAAACUAGUAAAUGUUUGUCUAAGAUAAAAUGGAAUGGUCCUUGGA